AUGGCACCCCCAACCUUUGUGGGAAUGUCAGGCAAGAAACUGGGCCUGGCAGUUACCACCAUCGCAACAAUGGGCUUUUUACUUUUUGGAUAUGACCAGGGAGUAAUGUCUGGAAUUAUUUCCGAUCCCGCCUUCAACGACAUGUUCAAGGCCACUGAUGGCGAUAACACAAUGCAAGCCACGGUGACUGCUGUAUAUGAAGUCGGCUGUCUAUUCGGGGCAAUCGUCGCGCUUUGCUUCGGUGAAAUGCUGGGCCGUCGCUGGAUGGUGAUAAUCGGCGCAACGAUCAUGAUUGUCGGCGUGAUCAUCCAAGUGUCUGCUAUGCCCAAGUCACUCCCACUCUUGCAGUUCAUCUUCGGUCGAGUCAUCACCGGCAUUGGCAAUGGCAUGAAUACAUCGACCAUCCCAACGUAUCAAGCCGAAUGCUCCAAAACCCACAAUCGUGGUCUUUUGAUCUGCAUUGAGGGCGGUACCAUCGCUAUUGGCACCGCCAUCGCCUACUGGAUCGACUACGGAGCCCACUUUGGUCCGCAAGACCUGGUCUGGCGAUUCCCGAUUGCCUUCCAAGUGGUGUUUGGGUUCAUCAUCAUCGUGGGCAUGUGGUAUCUUCCUGAGUCGCCGCGAUACCUCAUCGGCCACGGCAAGGUAGAACAAGGCGAACGAGUCCUGGCUGCCCUGGCCGGUACUGAAAUCGACCACCCGCACACCCAACUCGAGAAGAACCUGGUGUUGGAUUCAGUCCGAGCUUCCGGCAGCACCGAGUCCAAAUUCAGCGACCUCCUCACCGGCGGCCCCUCGCAGCACCUCCGUCGCAUGCUCGUGGGCUCCUCAUCCCAAAUGUUCCAGCAGAUCUCCGGCUGCAACGCCGUCAUCUACUACCUGCCCGUCCUCCUCGAGCAGUCCAUCGGGCAAUCGCACAACUUCGCCCUCCUCAUCGGCGGCAUCAACAUGAUCUGCUACGCCAUCUUCGCCACCUUCUCCUGGUUCUUCAUCGAGAAGAUCGGCCGCCGCAAGCUCUUCCUCGGCGGCAGCUACGGCCAAUGCGCCGCCAUGGUCAUCGUCUUCGGGUGUCUGAUCCCCGGCGACUCGCAGACCGCCAAGGGCGCCGUCUUCGGCUUCUUCAUGUACAUGUGCUUCUUCGGCGCGACCUGGCUGCCCCUGCCGUGGCUGUAUCCCGCCGAGCUUUCGCCGCUGAAGACCCGCUCCAAGGCUAACGCCAUCUCGACGUGUAAUAACUGGCUCUUCAACUUCACCGUCGUCAUGAUCACCCCCGUCAUGGUCGACCACAUCGGCUGGGGCACGUACCUGUUCUUCGCGGCCUGGAACGCCAUCUUCAUCCCCAUCAUCUGGCUCUUUUAUCCGGAAACGGCCGGCCGGAGUCUCGAGGAGAUCGAUCUGAUUUUCGCAAAGGGAUAUGUCGAGAAGAUGAGCUAUGUGAGGGCGGCGAAGGAGUUGCCGAAGUUGUCGGAUGAGGAGAUCGAGGCCAAGGCGAUCGAGUAUGGCAUCUUGGAUAAUAAUGAGAAGGUCGAGGAGCGGAUGGUCGAGAAUCGUCCUGCGACGGGGGCUGAGAGGUCUGCGGAUUUGCCGCCGCAGCUGUGA